AGCGUCUCUCUGUGGGGUUGGGAGGAUUUGUUUGUUGAAAUAGAGUUGAUCCGAAAUAGCAAAUGCGAGAUAUCGCACUUCGUCUCCUGAAUUCGCCGAAUAUGUGUUAGAGAGAAUGGAAAUAGCAAUUAGAGCUCUUUCCGCUAUAUCUCAUCCCUAGAUGGCCAUGACGAUCUACGAGAGCUUCAAAGCUCCAUACAUGUUGUAAGAAAUCGUUGCCAAGGUCUCCAGCGCCUCUGGCAAGUUGAGAUUGAGGCUGUUCAAAACAACGUAAGUGCGGCCCCUGAAGCUGGGUAUCGUGUUCCUAGAAUUAUCGAUGGCCGGGGACGUCCCUGGGCGGUAGUUUCCCAGGAGUAAUUACUUCACCUUCGUUCGCUGAACUUCUCUUGGACUCAGAUUGCACAACUAUUAGGAGUGUCUCGGGUUAGGAGGCGAAGGGAGUUGGGCAUUAAUGAUUCGGAUAUUUUGAGGUCUAUGGAUGACAAUGAGCUACGCAGCUUUGUUAGUCAAGUCAGAGAAGAAUUCCCAACAAUUGGAGAGUCUCUCGUAAUUGCUCCAAUCCACUGUGCGGGGUAUCAUGUGUCCAGAUCCAGAAUACUGUCUGCAAUCCGCAUUACUGAUCCAAUCAAUACAGCAUUGAGGUGGAGGGGGAUAACAGCUAGUCGGCGCCCAUACUCCGUUGCAGGCCCUAACUCUCUGUGGCAUAUCGGUAUUUUACUUUCCCUUAUUAACCCUCGGCGCGCAUGCGCAGCGAGGGUUACAGUACUUGGGUCUGUCCGUGUGUCUGUCUGUUACUCUACAUCUCACCUCUCGAAAGUGUGUUCGUCCCAGAAACGAUACCAUCUACCCAACGAGCGACGAAGAUGGCCACCACAAAUUAGUGCGAUGGGGCUUAGUUACCCAUGGUGGGAUUGAUGGGUACAGUAGACUUGUUUUCUACUUACAGUGUUCUGGAAAUAAUCGAGCUAGCACACAGUUUACGACCUCUUUCUUUCAUCAAGAGUACGUAGUACGUUCAGAUCACGGUCGGGAGAAUUACCUCGUUGCUGUUCGUAUGUUGGAGCACAGGGGGACCCAGCGUAUGAUAACUGGAAGUUCAAUACACAACCAGCGCAUUGAACGUUUUUGGCGUGACAUGCAUCGAUGUGUUACUGUGCUCUACUAUCGUCUCUUUUAUUUUCUUGAGCACCAAAAUCAUCUGGAUCCCGAUAAUGAUGUUCAUCGUUAUGCUCUUCAUUAUGUAUAUUUUCCCCGUAUCAAUCACUCACUUAAAGUUUUCAGGGAGUGCUGGAAUCAUCAUAGUGUGCAAACUGAGAACAACGUGUCACCUCACCAGAUGUUUACUGCAGGGUCACUAAACCGUCAAAGAACAGGUCUACAUGCACUUGACUUUUUAACACCGUGG